AUGGCAUUCAGCUUUGGCUUCGCAGGAGAUGACAUCGAUAUUGAUGACUAUGAUGUCAAUGAUACUCAAGAUGCUUCUGUUCAGACACAUGCAGGCUCUAGGAACUCACUCCCCGAGCUGGUGAAGCCCUGUAAACAUAUUUUGGAGGAAUGGCUGUCAAUCCUUCCGUCUCAAAUAUUUUACAACAGGCUUGCCAUCAAUGGUACACCAAUUGUCAUUGCGCGCCGAGAAAUCAUUGAUAUUCGCACGCAGCUGAUGGCGGAAGAUACCGCGGACCACGAGAACGAAGAGUUAAUCGCGGGCCUCGAAGAAGGCGACCUCAAGCCUAAUUUCUAUGAGGGUGGGUUUAAGACCUGGGAAUGCUCCUUGGACCUUGCCAAGCUUGUUGCCAACGAAAGCACAACCAUCGAGUCAUUGGACGAUUCACAGACAAACUUUCAUAUCAUCGAGCUCGGCUCAGGCACAGCAGUGCCCUCAUUGACUCUUUUUGCUCAUAUUAUGAAGCAAACCGUACCUUCACAAGGAGCUACCCCGCAACGGAAGAUCCUUUUCACAUGUGCGGACUACAACGAUGAUGUCCUGCGACUAGUCACGCUACCAAAUCUUCUGCUGACGUGGCACCACAUCCGCCAACAGUCUAACACGGUGGUAGAGCAAGAAGCUACCCCAGUGCAACCGGAAGAAGAGCUUGACAUCACGCCUGAACUGAUCGAUGAAUUCAAGAAUGAUCUGACUAGGCGCGGAAUCAUCCUCAAUUUCGUCUCAGGCGCUUGGUCUCCUGAAUUCGUUGAUUUGGUUUUCUCGGCGUGUGAGGCCGAGGACUUCAAGACGUUGCUGCUUGCCAGUGAGACUAUUUACUCGCCGGCGUCAUUGAAGGCAUUUUCCGAGACUCUUCUUGAAUUGUUGCGCCGUUCGAGCACAGCCCCUGUGAAAAGCCGCGCGAUGAUUGCAGCUAAGAAGGUAUAUUUCGGGGUUGGAGGUGGUGUGGAUGAGUUCCUUGCGGUGCUGAAGGACGUCUCUGGAAGUGAACUUGCAGUUGAACAGAGGGUGGAUAUGCAGUCCGAAGGUGUCGGCAGGGUGGUUUUGGAGGUUACACCUGCCAAUUAA